CCAGCCAUCCACUUAUCGGGGGUAGCACUUAGCAGCAUUACGCGGCACCAUUAUUCCUGACGGUGCGCGCACGUGGCACACGCCAAGUCACGCAGCCACGAUACUCAUCGUUCAUUUCUUAGCUGUCAAGUGACCGCAACACGCCGCUCGAAUAAACGCCAGUGCGUGUGCGCGUGUGUGUAUAUCCUAGAGUCCGCAGGUCAGCGAGGAGUGUCGUUCGAGUAUCGUCGGGACGCAGACGAAUUCCCACGGUCAGCGACGAGGAUGAUCCAGCCGAAAACACUGUACGAAGCGAUUACACCACUAAUCGUGGUCAACUUCAUCAUCGGAAUGGGCUACUUACCCAGCUCGACGACUCUACGGAAGGUCAUCGGCGUCAGCUACUCGAUAUUAUGCCUGAUCAUCUUCGGCGUGCUCAUAAAGGUAUCGAUGUCGUACGUGGACUACGAUGAAAGGAUGAACUCUUUCAGCAGCAAGACGUUUCAAGCGAUCUUUUACACCAAUAUCGCCAUGACGCUGUGCCUCAUUCUUACCGGCAUUUGGAGAAUAAAGAUCAUGCAGGUCGCGUACGUGCGCAUUACCAUGUGCGAGAAAGCCUUUGAGCAAAUGGAAUUGAGCAAGAAUUACCGCAACAUGUACUUGUACCAAGUCUAUGCGUUCGUAUUGGUCAUACUGAUAUUCACCAUCUUCACUGUUCUCAACUACAACCUGAUGGUCGAACAGGAUAAAAUGCCCUUUUACAUCAGAUUCAUCAUCAUGCUCGUCGCCCAUUAUCCCAUCGCUCUGCUCUACGUGGCCGAUAUAUCGUUCCUGCACUGGGUUAGAUAUUCGAAGAUUCGAUUCCAGCAGUUGAACGGUUUACUGCAACGCAUGCUAACGACUACCCCCGACUCGCCGCAACACAAGAGGGUGCUGAAGAUGAAGGACGAAUGGAACAAGACCUUCGUCUCGUCCGCGCAACAGAAGGAGCACAGAACCAAGGACAACACCGACACGAUGAGGGCCGUCAAACAAGUCCACCUCGAAUUGAUCAAAUGUAUCAGGACGGCGAACGAAGCGUACGGCAUACAGAUCCUCCUUUCUAUGACAGUAUCGUUCGUGUUCAUCACCACUCUCCUUUACAAUGCCUACAAGAUCUACUGGAUGGACAUGCCGAAGUCCGAGAUGCAGCAGGAGAUGAUAUCAUUCGCCUGUUGGACUCUUUUCUACGCAUCUAAGGUCUUCAUUAUAAAUCAUAUGUGCGCAUUAGCGAGCCUCGAGGCGGCCAACACGGGUGACAUAAUCUGCGAACUAUACGAGCCGUCCACCACUAAGGAAUUCCGCGCGGAGAUACGAGACUUCACUUUACAAUUGAUACAGAAUCCGUUAGUCUUCACAGCCUGCGGUUUUUUCACUCUCGAUCACACAUUCAUUCACGGGGUAAUUGGCUCAAUAACUACGUAUCUCGUAAUUCUCAUUCAAGUCGGGGACAUAACGAUAGAUGCGUCAAACAGUACAGCGUUGGCCAACGGAACAAAUGUCACCAUAACCACCCUAAGCAACAUUCUUUAAGCGCAAAAUUCACAUAUAUUGGUUUGUUAAUAUAAUUUAGGGUUAUAUUUAUGGCUAUAAAUUAUUAACGAUCUUUGACAACAUAAUUAUAGAUUCAUAUUCACGGGCCGUUAUGCAGUUGUUUAGAUAAAAAUUUCCUAUUUUAUGAAAUAAAAAAGUGCAAAUUAUAACGAAUAGUCUGCGACUUAUGAAAUUAUGAUUAGUUUUCAAAAAACUGGCCAUGUGCACUUGUCUCAGGGCGAAGGUCGAAAAUUCGCAAUAUCGUUCUCAUAAAUGCCUAUAAAUAAUACGUCUGCACAACAAGAAAAAAAUUCACAAGAAAUUGGAAGAAGCUUGUUCUUGUGUCGAGUAUUGGAUUUUUCAUGCGCACUAAGAAACAACACAAUGUGUAU